UUAGAAGACAUAUUUGAAGAAGCACGUUGCGGUCGACCUUUAGGACUUGCCUUUGAUACGAAAGGUAAUAAUUUGAUUGUAUCCGACGCAUAUUAUGGAAUAUGGGAGGUAAAUCUUAACACCAAUGAAAAGAAAUUGCUGGUAUCUCCACAACAAGAACAACCAGGCAAAGGUAUAAAUCGCAAACCUAAAAUUUUCAACACAGUUGCUGUGGAUCAGAAAGGUGACAUCUAUUGGACUGAUUCAAGUUCCGAUUUCUUGCUUCUUGAUUUGGUAUACACCUCUUUUGUGAAUCCCUCUGGUCGCCUUUUUAAAUACAAUCGCGCUGCCAACGUUAGUACCGUACUACUAGACGAAUUGUUCUUUGCUAACGGUUUGGCACUGAGCCCCGAUGAGGAUUUCAUCAUUGUUUCCGAAACUGGAGCCAUGCGUUUGAUUAAGUACUACUUGAAAGGUCCCAAGGCAGGACAAAGCGAGGUGUUUGUAGAAGGUCUACCUGGUCUACCCGAUAAUUUGACUCCGGAUGCAGAAGGCAUUUGGGUUCCACUGAUAAUGGCUGUUGAUAGUGAACACCCAAGCGCCUUUAAUUUGUUCUCCAACUUUCCUAACAUUCGACUUUUCUUAGCACGUUUGCUUAAUCUCUUCGAACUACCAUUCCGUUUAAUUAACAACGCAUAUCCAAAUAAGUUGACACAAAAGUUUAUUCAUUUUAUUGGACAUUGUGAGAGUGUACUCAUUUUGGCACAUAAACGUGCCACCAUCGUGAGAGUGGAUUGGAAUGGUAAUAUCGUUGGUUCAUUGCACGGCUCCGAUAGGUCCGUGGGGGCAGUGUCGCAUGUCUUGGAAUUCAACGAUCAUCUCUAUCUUGGUUCACCCUUCAAUCGAUUUUUGGCACGUGUAAAAUCUCCGAGAGCCAGCAAACAGCCGGACGUCAUAAUCAGAAAUGUGAGGUAUGAAGGAGUUGGAAUGGAAGCUUCUGUUAAGCCACAAACUACAACUAGUAAGCCUAAGCCCGCUGCUACUACUAAACCACUAACUACGACGUCGCAAUCGACUACUACAACUACUACUACGCCAAGACCCACAACAACGACGCCUCGACCUACUACAACUACUUCGAAACCGACUAAAACUACUAGUAAACCUACAACAACCACGACACGUACACCGCCAACAACUACAACGACUACGACAAAAAAACCGUCUAGUGCAGCACCUAAAACUGCGCCCGGUACACCAAAAGCGAAGUCUACAUCUACGACAGCUCGACCUACCACAACCACCACAGCGCCGAAGCGUGUGCCACCCAAGCAACCCGCACCGAUUAAGGAAGAAAUACCAAAUGAUACCAAACCACCUAAAUUCGACAAACUUAAAGUGAUCACCAAAACGGGUGAACACAUCGAACUUUAAAUAAACUAACACCAACUAACUCAUCAUCAGCCAUCCCAGGUGUCGAACAAAUACUUACAUACCAACAUCAACAUUCGCCGGCAUGUAACAAUAUUGCUUGCAGCAAUAAAAUUAGCAAUAAUCUAGUAAAUAUAAAACGUAUAGCGAUUCAGAGUAAACAGAGUUAAGCUCCACGCAUCCGAAGCGCACCGCCGAAGCUAAGAAUAUUACUGCAGCAUGAUUCCGCUUAAGAUUUUGAGGAUUGUUUAUGAUAGCUCAUAAUUGAAUACAUUCCAAUUAGCAUUGCAAGUCUAAUAUACAGCUAGAACUUUAUUUUGAUUGUGAAAACCACAACCAUACAUUCCACCCAAAUGCAUGCAAAAGGGUUUUUAGAAAUUUUUUGUGCGCGGAAUAAUAAAAAUUUGUUAUAAUUCAGUAAACUCAGUUGGUUUAGAAGGUAGUUAUGUAUGUAUAAGACUAGAGUUACAGCGGAUCUUUGUGAAAACCAUAUUAUUGAAUCUGUGCUCGAACAAAAUUUGAAACUCUUUUGGUUCUACUAAGUUUAUUUAGUACUCGAUUGUACUAACUUAAUAUAAUGAAUAUGUAUAUUUCCACAAAAUCGUAUGAUUUAAAAAAUUUUAAAUUUAAAAACUUGAUAUGAAUUCCUUUUCCCCUCAUUAAAUAUGCGAAAUCUUACUUUUGAGAGAAAUAAUAAAGUAAACUUCAUGUACUGAUUUUGAGAUUUUCUAUGAUUUAUGUAUUUAAUAAGCGUUUUUUCAUAAACUAUUUCCUUUAAAUUGUACAACUAUAAAUAUUUCUUUAAAAUUAAAUAAAGCAUAAUUCAUUUUUAAACGAACUACCUACAUAAUUACUCGGCAGUUUUUAAUAUUUAAUUAAUAAUAUCCAAAAUUUGUUUACUUAAAACAAAUGUUCAGUCAUCGGCUAUAUUUAAAUACAUACACAUAUACUAUGGUGUGUUCGAGUUAACUUAUCUAAGUUUUUGCUGAACUGUUACAUCACAUUGACAAAUUUGCGGCAUACUUAUAAGCAUAAAUAUAUCUACAAUCUUAUCUAUCAUGUAUACAUGUACAUAGGUGCAAGCAUCGAAGCAGCACGAACACCACUAUCGGCUGAUUAUCUAACUGUGCAUGUAUGUAUGUAAGUACAUAGGUAUUGGCGCAUGCAUGUGCUAGCUCAAAUCACGUUUCGUUUAGCUUUCAUUUCUAUUAAUUGCUUUUGUAAAUCAAAUUCAUUCCAAGCGAUCUCACGUGCUUUUUGCGCUUUUCGGACGGCUUGGCGGCUCGGCGGGAUCUGUCCAUUUCCAUUCGGUAUACAUAACGCAUUGGUUUUGUGAAUCCAUGUAGAGAUGAGAUUGUGGACAGCGUUGUAGUUUGGCUGGACGUCCUUGUUCCUCACAUGUCCAAUAUUUUGUAGGGUCCCAAUAGUGGCGGAACAUGGCGUUAACCUCGUGCAGUGUAUGACAGCCGGGCUCGCCAUCAUAUUCGCCAGCGUGUUCAUGUCUUGAUUGCUUAGUCGAAGCCAUUUGAGGGAUUAGUGUGUGAGCAAGGUGAGUCAUUCAAGUCGGACGAGAUUACUUGCUGAGUUUACGUUGAGUGGGGGCGUUGAUGCUGAAAUGGAAAUGUUACCAAAAUUUUUAAAUACUUGCCAACCAUUAAGUGAUUCAUCGUAUUUUAAAUAUGUAUGUUUAUAUGUUUAAAAUUAGCUAGUUAAUGUUUUAUUUAAUUACUAUAAGGCAAAAGUAAUUUUGCACUACUGUAGCGUAGCGUCUGUUGUCCACCUUACAUAAGUGUGUGUACUAUGUAUGUGUCGUAUGUGCACAGAAGGUGAUAGCAGUAAUA